UUGAGAAAAAUGGAUAUUCCUAAGUUAUCAAAUGCACUACGCGAUUUGCCCAAUAGAGUUUUGAAUGUUGCUGUUGAAGAACGUUUGUCACUAUUUCAAAAUGUAUGCGACAUACUUGAUAAUCCCGGUAAGUAUCCAACGGUGUUCUCACAUACAUAA